GUGAGCCGAGCUCCCGUCGUCGCUCCGCUGGGAAAGAAGAAAAUAAACCUUCUGCUGCUAACCUUGCUAUGGGACGUGAAGUUACGCCUUCAUUUCUACUUCAUUGAGUGACCGGAAGCUGCGUCCGUGCACACAGAGCCUAUGUCGAGGUGAACACCAAAGGAGCCCGGGAUUAUUCUGAAGAGAAAAAGUCAAGUUUUGGAGAGCAGCCUCCUGUGAAGCGUAUUUGCAAAGCUAGCCGCCAGGGCUAAGUGUAGCCUAGCAGAUGGGCGCUGGGUGAACUUCGCAUGGACUGAGUGGAAUCUGUAUGUGAGCUUCCCACCUUCACGUUGGACUCUUACGUUACCGGCCACGACGACCUCGAAUUUAAGCGUACGCCAAUGUCUGCAGCCGUAGCCUUAUUGACGAGCUAACAGGAUAUUAGCCUCCGGUCUCUCUCUCUCUCUCUCUGUCUAUCUCCGCUUUGUGGUCGCAGGCCAGGCCACUGACUGAGUGAUGAGAAGGCUGGAUUCAUGGCUGCUAAUUAUUUAUCUCAAAGCAGUAAUUGGAUAAACCAACUGAGGAGGCGUUUGGAUUGAAAGUCGUCUUCGCACCCUGGCCAGGUCUUUCUUUAUUCACUGAAGUUAAAAUGCACGGGGGUGUCUUUUAGCUGUGAGGUCUGAUCAGAAAGGCAAAACGCAAGGAUUACAGUUACACCCCGAGGAAGUGACAGGUCCUGCUUGUGGUUGAAGACCAUGUCUGCCGCCAAAGAGAACUCCUGCAGAAAAUUCCAAGCCAACUUCUUCAACAAAAGUAAAUGUCAAAACUGCUUCAAACCCCGAGAGCUGCAUUUGUUGACGGACCAGGAUCUGACACAGGCUAAACCCAUUUAUGGUGGGUGGCUGUGCUUGGCCCCUGAGGGCACAGACUUUGACAAUCCCAUGCAGAGAUCGCGGAAAUGGCAACGGCGAUUCUUUGUUUUAUACGAACAUGGCUGUCUACGCUUUGCUUUGGAUGAGUCGCCGAGCACGCUUCCUCAGGGCACUGUGAACAUGAACCUGUGUACAGAUGUCGUCGAUGCUGAGCCCAAGACUGGCCAGAAAAACUCUUUAUGCAUCAUCACCCCAGAGCAGGAAUACUUCAUCAGGGGAGAGAAUAAGGAGAUCAUAAAUGGAUGGAGUGAGCAGUUGGUUGUAUACCCCCGAACCAACAAACAAAACCAGAAGAAGAAGCGCAAGGUAGAGCCUGCUACCUCCCAGGAACCUGGUCCAGCUAAGGUUGCGGUGACUGGCUCUGGUAUUCCAGAAGCAGAGAGAGUUCCAGACUCCAGCUCCAUCAUCUGGCAGGAAGAGCUGAACCAAAGAGAAGCAGAUGGGAGUGCAGUAUGGGGUUCCACCGAACAGUCUCCGGGGUCACCACUGCCAACAGCUGGAGACGGUGCUUCACUAGGUCAGGGGUCCGAUGCUGGCUCAGUCAAUGGUGAUGAGGUGGACCGUGGGGGCCUUGUGCUACAUGGCUCUGUACCUCAACCUCCCAGUGACUUGCUUUCCCCGACAGGCUCUUGCUCAAGUUUGGGAGGAAUCCCACGAUGCCUCUCACCUGCUCCUAGUGACCCCUUCCCUUCAGGCAGCUCACUGCUUUCCAAUGGCUCACAUAUCAGUGGCUCAGUUAGCUCCCUGGACUCUGAUGCUAGUGGUAGCACAGUUACUAGUACAGACAGCCACUCAGCCGCUCAGCGAGGUGGGCACUCGUAUAGCCAUCAUGACACACCAAGAUCUCGGCGGCUGGAGGCAGAAAGCAGAAAAGCUGAGAAGAGAGGGCGUUUUAGGAGCCCAGAGAGGCAGAAGAGGGAAGGUGUUCUGAGUCCUGAAAGCAGCCGAUCUGGUGUGAUUGAGAAGCUGGAGGCCCUGGACCUGGAGAAUCAAGAGAAAAUGGAAGUCGAAGAAUCAUGGAAAAGCACUGAUCGUCAGGGCCGGAGCCAGCACCGGCGCUUUCAUGGAGAGGAGAGGAGGCAUGACGUGGGUCAGGGUUUGGACUUCCCCUCCACCCUACCACCUUUGAGGAGAGCAAAGUCUCUGGACCGGAGGACCACUGAGUCAGUGAUGACGCCGGAUUUACUCAACUUUAAGAAAGGUUGGAUGGUGAAGCUGGAUGACCAAGGACAGUGGAAGAAGUACUGGUUUGUGUUGACAGACCACAGUCUACGAUAUUACAAAGAUUCCAUAGCAGAGGAGGCUUCUGACCUGGAUGGUGAGAUUGAUCUGUCAAACUGCCACAACGUGACCGAGUAUCAGGCUCAACGCAACUAUGGUUUCCAAAUACAUACUCAGGAGGGAGUCCACACGCUGUCCGCUAUGACGGCUGGAAUACGGCGAAACUGGAUCCAGGCGGUCAUGAAGAAUGUCAGACCCUCCAAUGCUCCUGAUGUAGCGAGUUCCACAGAGGAUCACGGCUCCUUUUCUCCUAUGGAGGGUCUCAGCAGACCCGAUGUCACUCAAGACUCCCCGUCAUCUGAAGCUUCGUCAGUGGAUAAAGAACCCACUCCUGCUGUCAUAAAGAGCCGUGCCCGUGAGCGUCGACGAGAGGGCCGAUCUAAGACCUUUGACUGGGCAGAGUUUAGACCUAUAGCUCAGGCGCUUGCUCAGCAAAGAGCACAGGAAGCAGAGUGUCUCUCAGCGGACGUUGGAGAGCUAGAGCGCAAUCGUAGAAGAGAGGAGAGGCGGAAACGAUACGAGUCUGUCACCACUUCAUCGGUGGAGAAUGUUGCCGUUAAAGAGACUAAGAAAAGCAGCAUUGAUGAUGGUGAGGGAGUCUGUCAAAUGGUGCCUGACGGUCCCAGCCCCGCAUCUGAGGAGAGGCAGCAGAAGGUGGAGGAAGUGAUUGAAGAGCACUGGCGGCAGGUGGAGAAGACUCCGAUACGAGAGGAGAGGAGGGUACCUCUCCCCUCCACUGCCCAAACCAGGGACACAGCAGAGCUUGAGAUGCUGCUGGAGAAUUAUAAGCAAGGGAUGGAGGACCUGAAGGCUCAGUUGGAAACCUGUCAUCAGCAGCUUCUGGAUUACAACAAACACAAACAGGGACUUGAGCUCCAGCUGAAAACUGCUCUGGAAAGAGAACAUGACAUCAGGACAGGUUACAUUUCUCCCCUGGAGCUCCAUUUGGGUCUGGAGGCUGAUGCUGUGCCCCAGACGAAGAGGCCAGAGCUGGUUAGUUCUCAAGCGCAAAGCUUAACAAAGAAGUAUCAGGAGACCAAAGAGCUCCUGAAGCUGCAAGAGCUGAAAAAACGCAAUAUGCAGGCACAGCUUGGCCUUCAACUUUCUCCUCACGCCACCAAGGAUCCUUGCUUUCCUGCCCCUCAAUCCGCUGUGGAGGAACCUGGGCAUGAGCUUGUGCAGAAAAGUGUUUGCCUCAAUCUCCAAGACAACGCUGGAGCAAUUCAAGAACUAGACAAUUUGACUGCUGGCAAAUCUCUCACUGUGCACGAGCUAGCAAAGGUGUUGACAUCGCAUAGCUCCUGUCAAGAAGCAACUGACCACAAUCAGCUGCAGAAGUUCUUGGAUAGCUGGAAAUGUCAGCAAGAGUUGGAAAAUGAACUCAUUAAAAAGAGUUUAGCAAGGGCGGGAGAAAGUAUCCGUGAAUACGAAGCCCGUCUGGUAACCAUGGAAGAUUUAGUGGAUGAAGUUCAAAAGCACAAUUAUGAGAGCAUUCAAAACCUUUGUACAGACAAUCAUCCUGACACAAGUGACGUGACCAUUGGUGUUCUCUCCCAGAGGAUUGAGCUGUUAACCACUGAAAAUGUAGCAUUGAAACAAAGGUUUCAGGAAAUUGUAAACCAGCUGACAGAGGCUGAUAGAGAGAUAGAUAGGCUUAAAGAUGAGCUGGUCAACCAGCAAGGUGGCAAACAGCACCACCUUGUCAUGCAAGAAUUGAAAAGACUGAAGGCAGAACUUGUUGAGAACCAGGCCAAUGCAAUCGAUCGGGAAUAUUAUGAACGAGAGCUGAACGAAAAGUCCAUGAGACUUCAUGAAGCGCUGAUUACACUGGAGGAGCUCGGCAUUACCCUCAACGAGACAGAGAAGAAGCUGCAGCUGAAGGAGGCCACCUUGAAAGGUCUUGGAUUCCAGGAUGAUUAUGACCAAGAUGGUGUAGACUUGAAGCAAGAGCAACUCAGAGAUCGACUGUUUGAGUCAGAGUCAAGUCUUCACGUUGCUGAACAGCAGUGUAUUGAACUGGAAACCAGGAACAGAGAUUUGAUCAGACAACAUGAAGAAGCUCAAGUAACUAGCGAGUCUAAACUGAGAGAAGCGGAAAAUGAAAUCAGAUUAUUACGAGAGAGGUUAGAAGUCCAAACAAGUACAGUUCAAGGGGAGGUUUGUGAGCGUGCAGAGGAGGAACCAGAGCAGGGUUGUGAUAAGGGUCCAAUAGAGCAAGUAAUGGAUGAGAUUGAGAAGAUGUUUGAUGCAACAAAUAGAGUCAUAGCCAUGUUAGAACCAAUCCAAGAGAAUGCGGAGGAAAUGCUGAGAGAAGUGAAAAGCACUUUAUUUGUUAGCGAAGGGUCUGCAAAGGAAACGCUGAACUGUCUCAGUGCCGAGGAGCUUCGGUUGGUGUUUGAGGGGGAACUUUGUUGGCAGCUGCAGGCAACGCUUAAAACUAAAGAGGGAGAUACUGGCUGUUGUGAAAGACUUGUGGCACAGCAGUUAGCACUCAAACGCUUUAUGCUUUUGAAUAGUGAGUUUAACCCAGUGGAACAGGACUGUGCCAACGCUUUGCAAUCCAAUUUAACUUCUAUGUACAGCUGUUAUAAUGAAGAAACGCGUGCUAUCAUUUUAAAAAAGAUGAGAGCGAUAUUGGUGACAAAGUCAGCCUUUCUAACACAGAUCCUAAGUACGCUGAAGACUACCCAAGAUGAGGAAUUUCUGGAUUUAGCAAAAGCGAGCUUUGCUGUGGAUGUGAACAAGCAGGAGUCCAUUCGAUAUUUGCUCGAUGCUUUAAGAGAAGCUUACAGUUUGUACACAAUUUUGAGAUUUAAAACACAGCAUGAAAAAGAUGGCCAUGUUAGCGACAGAGAGCAGUGUGACAGCUUACCAUGUGAAAACUGUUGUAAAUUGAGAGAGCUUACCGAAGAUCUCAAGUCCAAACUGGCAGAUCACCAAAAUAGACUUUGUGAAGCAUGUACGAAAACCUCAUCAUUGCUGCAGACUUCCAUCCAGUCAGAUGGACAACCAGUUGACUCUGUUGAUAAAGAAACUAUUGUGGUUCAGGACCUGAUGGCUAGGCACAGUAAAGAGCUACAAGAGGUCAAAGAUGGCUAUGAGCGGGCUGCUGAAAAGUUGAGGCAGGAAAUCGCUAAUGCUCACGAGGCAUUGCGUAUGGGCUCUGAAGAAAAUGUUCGUAAGCUUGAUUCGCUGACCAACUGCCUGGAAAACCUGAAGAAGACACAUGAAGAAGAGCAAAUGGAUCUUGUGGAGAAGUUUGACCAAGAGAUGGAAGAACUUAGACUCAUGAUUGGUGCAGGACUCGCAGAGGAGUCUCCCACAGAAAGCUCUGGCCAGCCGUCUACCCUGAAAGAUCGCAUUAAGGAGCUGGUCAACCAAGUGUCAGUCAUGACGGAAGAGAUGAGACGCAGAGAAGAGCAGGACGACGUAACCGCCCUCAGGCUGAAAUACCAGACUGACCUGGAAAACUUGAAGGCCACUUGUGAGAGGGGCUUUGCGGCCAUGGAGGAAUCUCAUCAGAAGGUGAUCGAUGAGCUGCAAAAGAAACAUCAGAGAGAGCUGGAAAACCUCCAAGAGGAAAAAGAACGACUGUUGGCUGAAGAAACAGCAGCUACUAUCUCUGCUAUUGAAGCCAUGAAAAACGCCCAUCGGACCGAGCUGGAGCGGGAGCUGGACAAGGCGCGAAAGGCUAACAACAAUGCAGAGAAUGCUGACAUGGAGGAGAUCCAUAGACAGCACGAGGAAGAGCUGUGCUCUUUCCAGCGGGAGAUUGAGGUGUUGUCGGAACAAUAUUCCCAGAAGUGUUUGGAAAAUGCCCACCUUGCCCAAGCACUGGAAGCUGAGAGGCAGGCCCUCCGCCAGUGCCAGCGAGAGAACCAGGAGCUGAAUGCACACAACCAGGAGCUGAACAACCGUCUAGCCACAGAGAUCACCAAGAUGCGUUCAAUGGCUUCCGAGGAUGGACCAGGAGACGCAAACACAACAAUACAAGGCAAAGAACUCUAUGAAUUAGAGGUGAUGCUGAGAGUAAAGGAAUCUGAAGUCCAGUACUUGAAGCAGGAAAUCAACUCCUUGAAAGAUGAACUGCAAGCUGCUCAAAGAGAUAAGAAAUAUGCGACUGACAAGUAUAAGGACAUCUACACAGAGUUGAGUAUUGUCAGGGCCAAGGCAGAGCGGGAUCUUGGCCGACUCCGGGAUCAGCUACAGCUUGCUCACGAGGCUCUGGGGGAGUCAACACUGGAGGAGGUGGAGCGAGGAGGGGGUUAUGAUAUCAUGAAGUCGAAAAGUAACCCUGACAUUCUCAAAAUGGCAGCUGCUGUAGCCAAAAGGUCAGAGCGCACCAUGAGAUCCAAGUCUGUGAAUCGAGACAUGCCCUGGGACAGUUAGGGCUGCUGAGGACGUGUAGGCCUCCCUCCCCCUCCUUUAGAGUCUUAAGGAAGGGCUGACGGCUGAACAGCGACUCCACCUGUUUGACAACAAAGACAGCAAGGAGUUCUGACUGUGACAAGUCGGGUCUCCCCACCCUGCUGCAUGUUUUGACGCCCAAUAUAUUUUAGCUCUAUUUAGUAACACUACACACUGGUCACUAAACACACGCGUUACAUUAUUAAAGGAAACAUGGUAUGAAGUUUGAGUUUCUAGAAUUUCAUGCACUUCAGUUAACUGUGACAUUGUUUUUUUUGUAUUUUUGUUGCUAUUGUCUUACUGUAAAUAUUGUUUUUAAUGGUUGUUACAUACACCAAAACUCUUGAGUGUGUAAGCUACUGUUUUAACUCCCCCAGCCCAAGAGUGUGCUGAAUGGUGAAGCUGCAUAAUAAUGUGUGAGUGCUGAAACAAUGGGACUGUUAGUUCUGCAUGCGCCAUUGAUCUGUCAUCAUUCCAGCACAGACGGAGUGUUGCGGAGUAGAGUCGUCGGCCAUGAAAGAGCAUCGUGUUGUAACCUGACACACGGUAAAAAAAACACAAGGGUGGUGACCUGGAUGGAAUCCUUGCUCCAAUUUAAAUAGACAUAUUUGAGUUUGUAGAGGGGCUCCACUGGCACCAUCUGUUUUGAGAGUUUGUUGUGGGUGUUUGUAGUUCAGUGGCAGUCCUUGUGUAUUUAUUGAAGUGGUUGGGAUUUUCUUUCACAUGCCCAUUCCUCUGUACUCUAUUAUUGUAAAUAUAAAGCAAAUAUACACCAACUGACAGGUUUAUUAGCAAUAAAUAUUUUUGCACCCUUUUUUGCCUUUUUUCUCUUGACAUUAAUCAUGCAUUU